AUGCUGCGCUGGUUCAUCACCGUCCUCCUGUGUGCCGCCUUCCUGGGGCUGGGAAUGAGUGUUGCUAUACUGGGACCCACGUUUCAAGACUUGGCAACGAAUGUGAACCGCAACAUCAGCAGUCUUUCUCUGAUUUUUGUGGGCCGUGCCUUUGGAUACCUGGGUGGCUCUGUGAUUGGUGGAGUUCUUUUCGACAGUAUGAAUCAUUUUCUCCUUUUGGGGGUGUCAAUGUUCGCUACUACAGUUGGUCUUUAUCUUGUUCCAUUUUGUAAGACCGCAGUGUUACUGAUCGUCAUGAUGUCUACCUUCGGUGUUUCAGUUGGCAUUCUGGAUACAGGUGGUAACGUCCUAAUCUUGGCCAUUUGGGGGGACAAAGGAGCCCCACACAUGCAGGCCUUACACUUCAGUUUUGCCCUAGGUGCCUUUUUGGCUCCACUGCUGGCUAAAUUGGCAUUGGGCACGACGGUGUCUGCUGAAAACCACACAGAGGCUGACUUUAACCAAUCUGCCUUCAACCAGUCACCUGAAGCUGACUCAGAAACUCUAUUUGGAAUACCUGAUGAUAUGAAUUUACUGUGGGCUUACGCUGUUAUCGGUGCUUAUAUUUUUGUUGUUGCUCUCUUUUUUUUCGCUCUGUUUUUAAAAAAAAGCUCAAAGCAAGAAAAAGCAAGAGCAUCUGCUCAGAGGUUUCGAAGAGCCAAAUACCACAAUACCCUUCUCUGUCUCCUUUUCCUGUUCUUCUUUUUUUAUGUUGGAGCUGAGGUAACAUAUGGCUCUUACGUUUUCUCAUUUGCAACCACCCAUGCUGGCAUGAAAGAAAGUGAAGCGGCCGGGUUGAACUCCAUCUUCUGGGGGACCUUUGCAGCCUGCCGGGGCAUGGCAGUCUUUUUUGCUACAUGUUUACAACCUGGAACCAUGAUUGUGUUGAGCAACAUUGGCAGCCUGACUUCAUCUUUAUUUCUGGUCCUUUUCAACAAGAGCCCAGUUUGUCUCUGGAUAGCAACUUCAGUGUAUGGGGCCUCAAUGGCAACCACGUUCCCCAGUGGAGUAUCUUGGAUUGAGCAGUACACGACCAUCCAUGGGAAAGCUGCAGCAUUUUUUGUAGUCGGUGCCGCCCUGGGAGAAAUGGCUAUUCCUGCAGUAAUUGGAAUUCUUCAAGGCAAAUACCCUGAUUUGCCUGUAGUUUUGUAUACCUCUUUGGGGUCAUCAGUAGCCACUGCUGUUUUAUUUCCUGUCCUGUACAAAUUAGCCACCUUGCCACUUGAUCGUCAGCGAAAAGAACACAGGAAAAGUGAGGACCAGAAAGCUCUGCUUUCUACCUCUGGGCUCAAUGACUAUGAGGAAGAGAAUGAAGAAGAUGAUGCAGAAAAAUGGAACGAAAUGGACUUUGAAGUGAUUGAAAUGAAUGAUACAAUGAGGAAUUCUGUAAUAGAGACCUCUAGAAAUAUUUUGAUGGAGCCUACAGCUGAAGUUCCCAACCAUUCCUACUCAAAUGUGUUAAUGUUUGAAUCCUCUCCAGUUAAUACUGGCAACUCCCCUGUGAAUUACCUUGUAGAAACCAGGACAAAAGGGACUAAUGUGUUGAGAGGAUGGAUUAUUUACUGA